AUGGGUGAAGAAUGGAUGCAGAAUGCUGAUGAGCUGAGGUUUUUGAUAUGCAGCUUCCGAGGAACUGUUCCGCAAGGCUUGGUCCUGGAACUAGGUGAAACUGUCCAGAUCCUGGAGAAAUGUGAAGGUUGGUACAGAGGUGUUUCCAUUAAGAAGCCCAGUGUCAAGGGGAUUUUUCCUGCAAAUUAUAUUCACUUGAAAAAGGCAAUUGUCAGUAACAGAGGGCAAUAUGAAACAGUUGUUCCUCUUGAAGAUUCUGUGGUGACUGAAGUCACAGCGACGCUGCAGGAAUGGGCCGUGCUCUGGAAACAGCUGUAUGUGAAGCAUAAGGUAGAUCUUUUCUACAAGCUGCGGCAUGUGAUGAACGAGCUCAUUGACCUCCGCAGGCAGCUGCUCUCGGGGCACCUGACACAGGAUCAGGUGCGAGAGGUCAAGAGACACCUCACAGUGAGGCUGGACUGGGGCAAUGAACAUUUGGGCCUUGACUUAGUUCCACGGAAGGACUUUGAGGUUGUGGAUUCAGAUCAGAUCAGUGUUUCAGACCUUUAUAAAAUGCAUUUGUCAAGUAGACACAGUGUCCAGCAGAGCACAUCACAGGUGGACACGAUCCGUCAGCGGCACGGGGACGCCUGCCGGAUGCCAGUGCCUCAUCACUUCUUCCUCAGCCUGAAGAGCUUCACCUACAACACCAUUGGAGAGGACACUGAUGUCUUCUUUUCCUUGUACGACGUCCGGGAAGGCAAACAGAUCAGUGAGAGGUUCAUGGUGAGGUUAAACAAGAACGGAGGCCCCAGGAACCCGGAGAAGAUCGAUCGAAUGUGUGCACUUUUCACAGAUCUCAGCAGCAAGGACAUGAAGAGGGAUUUGUACAUAGUUGCCCAUGUAAUCCGAAUAGGCCGCAUGUUGCUCAAUGACUCCAAGAAAGGGCCCCCCCACCUGCACUACCGGCGCCCCUACGGCUGCGCCGUGCUCAGCAUCAUGGACGUGCUCCAGUCCCUCUCGGAAAUCAAGGAGGAAAAGGACUUUGUGCUCAAAGUUUACACGUGUACCAAUGAGAACGAAUGGUGCCAGAUCCAUGAAAACAUCAUCCGCAAGUCCAGCACCAAAUACACAGCCCCCAGCUCCAACUAUGGACUUAUAAUAUCUCUUCAGCUUCUUCGAGGUGACAUGGAGCAGAUCCGAAGGGAAAACCCCAUGAUCUUUAACAGAGGCGUUUCUGUCACCAGGAAGCUGGGAUUUCCUGAUGUUAUAAUGCCAGGUGACAUCAGGAAUGACCUGUACCUGACCCUGGAGAAGGGGGACUUUGAGAGGGGUGGCAAAAGUGUGCAGAAGAACAUCGAGGUGACCAUGUACGUGCUCUAUGCUGAUGGGGAAAUCCUCAAGGACUGCAUCAGCCUGGGCUCGGGCGAGCCGAGCCGCAGCGCCUACCACUCCUUCGUGCUGUACCACAACAACAGCCCGCGCUGGGGCGAGAUCAUCAAACUGCCCAUCCCCAUCGACCGCUUCCGCGGCUCCCACCUGCGCUUCGAGUUCCGCCACUGCUCCACAAAAGACAAGGGAGAAAAGAAGCUCUUUGGUUUUGCAUUCACCCCAUUGAUGAGAGAUGAUGGCACGACCUUGUCAGAUGAUAUCCAUGAGCUUUAUGUUUAUAAGUGUGAUGAGAACAGCACGUUCAACAACCACGCGCUCUACCUGGGGCUGCCCUGCUGCAAGGAGGAUUACAACGGCUGCCCCAACAUUCCCUCCAGCCUCAUCUUCCAGCGCAGCACCAAAGAGUCCUUCUCAGUCUCCACACAGCUCUCUUCUACCAAACUGACCCAGAAUGUGGAUCUGCUUGCCCUGCUCAAAUGGAAAGCUUACCCAGAUCGAGUGAUGGAUAUUCUGGGAAGACUGAGACAUGUCAGUGGCGAGGAGAUUGUUAAGUUCCUACAAGAUAUUCUGGACACGUUGUUUGUAGUUUUGGAUGACAACACAGAGAAGUAUGGUCUGUUGGUCUUUCAGUCUCUGGUGUUCAUCAUCAACCUGCUCCGUGACAGCAAGUACUUCCACUUCCGCCCCGUGAUGGACACCUACAUCCAGAAGCACUUUGCAGGAGCUCUGGCUUACAAGGAGCUGAUCCGCUGUCUGAAGUGGUACAUGGACCGCUCGGCCGAGCUCGUGCGCCAGGACCACAUCCAGGAGGCAAUGAGAGCCUUGGAAUAUCUUUUCAAGUUCAUUGUCCAAUCUCGGAUCCUUUACUCCAGAGCUACUUGUGGAAUGGAGGAGGAGCAGUUCCGCUCCAGCAUCCAGGAGCUUUUCCAGUCCAUCAGAUUUGUGCUCAGCUUGGACAGCAGGAGCUCUGAGACUCUCAUCUUCACACAGGCUGCCCUGCUGAACUCCUUCCCUGCCAUCUUUGACGAGCUGCUGCAGAUGUUCACGGUGCAGGAGGUGGCGGAGUUCGUGCGGGGCACGCUGGGCAGCAUGCCCAGCACGGUGCACAUCGGCCAGUCCAUGGACGUGGUCAAGCUCCAGUCCAUCGCCCGCACGGUCGACAGCCGCCUCUUCUCCUUCUCAGAGUCCCGGCGCAUCCUGCUGCCUGUGGUCCUUCACCACAUUCACCUUCACCUACGACAGCAGAAGGAGCUGCUUAUCUGCUCUGGGAUCCUCAGUAGUAUCUUCUCCAUAAUCAAGACCAGUUCUUUGGAGGGAGAUGUCGUGGAGGAGGUUGAGAUGAUGGUGGAGAGCCUCCUGGACGUGCUGUUACAAACUCUGCUCACAAUCAUGAGUAAAUCGCAGUCUCAGGAGGCGGUAAGAGGGCAGCGCUGCCCGCAGUGCACAGCAGAAAUCACUGGAGAAUAUGUCUCCUGCCUUUUAUCUUUGCUUCGUCAGAUGUCAGACACUCACUUCCAGCACUUACUGGACAACUUCCAAAGCAAGGAUGAGCUGAAGGAGUUCCUCCUGAAAAUUUUCUGUGUGUUUCGGAACCUGAUGAAGAUGAGUGUCUUUCCUCGAGACUGGAUGGUGAUGAGGUUGCUCACCAGCAAUAUCAUAGUUACAACAGUUCAAUACUUGUCUUCUGCCCUGCAUAAGAAUUUCACAGAAACGGACUUCGAUUUUAAAGUGUGGAACUCUUAUUUCAGCCUGGCAGUUUUGUUUAUAAACCAGCCAAGUCUCCAACUAGAAAAUGCCACGCCACCCAAGAGGAAGAAGAUUCUGGAUAAGUAUGGUGAUAUGAGAGUGAUGAUGGCCUAUGAGCUCUUCAGCAUGUGGCAGAACCUGGGUGAGCACAAGAUUCACUUUAUUCCGGGAAUGAUUGGCCCCUUUCUGGGUGUUACCCUUGUUCCACAACCAGAAGUCCGGAAUAUCAUGAUCCCAAUCUUCCACGACAUGAUGGACUGGGAGCAGAGAAAGAAUGGCAACUUCAAACAGGUGGAGGCUGAGCUGAUCGAUAAGCUGGACAGCCUGGUGUCCGAAGGAAAAGGUGAUGAGAACUACAGGGAACUCUUCAGCCUGCUUUUGCUGGAGAAGAUAGAGCAGGAGACUUGGCGGGAGACUGGGAUCUCUUUUGUCACGUCCGUCACUCGGCUCAUGGAGCGUCUGCUCGACUACAGGGACUGUAUGAAAGGAGAUGAAACAGAAAACAAGAAGAUUGGCUGCACUGUUAACCUAAUGAAUUUCUACAAAUCUGAAAUUAACAAGGAGGAGAUGUACAUCCGCUACAUCCACAAGCUUUGUGACAUGCACCUGCAGGCUGAGAACUACACAGAGGCUGCAUUCACUCUGCUUUUGUACUGUGAGUUGCUGCAGUGGGAGGACAGACCUCUGAGAGAGUUCCUGCAUUACCCAUCUCAGUCAGAGUGGCAACGUAAGGAAGGUCUGUGCCGUAAGAUUAUCCAUUACUUCAACAAAGGGAAGAGCUGGGAGUUCGGCAUCCCGCUGUGCCGAGAGCUGGCCAUCCAGUACGAGAGCCUCUAUGACUACCAGAGCCUCAGCUGGAUCCGGAAAAUGGAAGCUACCUAUUAUGACAAUAUCAUGGAACAGCAGCGCUUAGAACCAGAGUUUUUCAGAGUUGGUUUCUAUGGUCGAAAAUUCCCCUUUUUCCUGCGGAACAAAGAAUAUGUGUGUCGGGGCCACGACUAUGAGAGGCUGGAAGCCUUCCAGCAGAGGAUGCUGAGUGAGUUCCCCCAAGCCAUCGCAAUGCAGCACCCAAACCACCCCGACGACUCCAUAUUGCAGUGUGAUGCCCAGUAUUUGCAGAUCUAUGCAGUGACUCCCAUCCCAGACAAUAUAGACGUGCUGCAAAUGGACCGUGUCCCUGAUCGCAUCAAGAGCUUUUACCGCGUCAACAACAUCCGCAAGUUCCGCUACGACAGACCCUUCCACAAGGGCCCCAAGGACAAGGAGAACGAGUUUAAGAGCUUGUGGAUUGAACGCACUACUCUGACCCUGACUCACAGUUUGCCUGGGAUCUCUCGCUGGUUUGAAGUGGAGAGAAGAGAACUGGUUGAAGUAAGUCCUUUGGAAAAUGCCAUUCAAGUGGUUGAGAACAAAAACCAGGAGCUGAGGACACUGAUAAGCCAGUACCAGCAUAAACAAAUGCAUGGCAACAUUAAUCUUCUCAGCAUGUGUCUGAACGGAGUGAUUGAUGCCGCCGUUAACGGGGGAAUUGCGCGGUACCAGGAGGCCUUUUUUGAUAAGGAUUAUAUCACAAAGCACCCCGGAGAUGCAGAGAAGAUCACCCAGCUCAAGGAACUCAUGCAGGAACAGGUACAUGUCCUAGGAGUGGGUCUGGCAGUCCAUGAGAAAUUUGUACACCCCGAAAUGCGUCCCCUGCAUAAGAAACUGAUAGAUCAGUUCCAGAUGAUGCGAUCCAGUCUGUACCACGAGCUGCCUGGUUUGGAUAAGCUGAGCCCAGCCUGUUCUGGCUCCAGCACCCCCCGCAGCAACGUGCUGGUGUCUCACGGCCCCAUGAGCCCCGAGAGCAUCAAGCUGGUGCAUCGACACAGCCCACUGAACAUGCUUGGUUCAGUCCGACACUCCUCAUCCUCUCUGUCGUCGCACACCUCCAGUGAAACAGGGAACCUGGUUAUCCUGACAGACAGCUCUGUGGGGGAGACUGCUGAGGAUAUGUACCACAUGCAGGCUAGUCCUUCCACCUCCAGCCUGAGCUCCACUCACUCAGCACCAUCCCAGAUGAUUAACUCUGCCCCUUCCAGCGCUCGAGCGCUGGUGAAAGGUGCUGGAUUGACACCACUGGAGGCUGAAGCCCUCUAUUUCCCCACAGAGCAGAUACAGCAUGGGCGGCAGCUGUGCAAGUUCCCCCACGCUGCCCCCACCCAUGUGCCUCAUCUCUGUCCUGGAGGGACCACCUCUAGAGGCUCUCCCUCUCUACCAGAUAAGUACCGCCACUCUCGGGAGAUGAUGAUGUUGCUGCCAGCCCACCGGGACCGACCGAGCAGCGCCAUGUACCCCGCAGCCAUCAUGGAAAACGGACAGCCUCCAAAUUUCCAGCGCGCCUUGAUCCAGCAGAUGAUUGGACCGUGCAAACCUUGCAGUGAUCCCAACCUGUCUGUGGCUGAGAAAGGUCACUACUCACUGCACUUCGAUGCCUUCCACCACCAGCUCAGUGAUGCUCCUCCGGCACUGCCCGCACGAACGUUGCGCAAGUCCCCUCUUCAUCCUAUCCCUGCAUCGCCCACCAGUCCGCAGUCUGGUCUAGACGGCAGUAACUCCACUUUAUCCGGCAGUGCCAGCAGUGGUGUCUCUUCCUUGAGCGAGAGCAAUUUUGGACAUUCUUCUGAACCGCCUCCUCGCACAGACACCAUGGAUUCUGUGCCCAGCCAGGCCUGGAACACUGACGAAGAUCUAGAGACACCCUACCUCCCUGUCAGGUACAGUCUCUCUGAGCCUGAUGUCCUGGAGACGCUCAAAUCCCAGCCAUGCCGAAGCCACUCUGCUCCAUCUGGAGUCAUUCCUCAGGACACCAUGGACCCUCCUGCUUUACCCCCCAAACCUUACCACUCCCGGCUGCCAAACAUGGAGAACGAGGAGGGGAUGAUGAUCGAAGAUGAUGACAAACACCGCCCUUUGCAUCGUAAAGUGUCCCAACCAGUGAGUGCUGGAAAGGAAGAGCAGGCCAGGGUGGCAUGGGAGCACGGCAUCAGCGAGCAGUAGGGACAGCUCCUGGCACGCAGCUGGCAUUGGCAUUCCAGGUCUGGAUACGACAGAGACAGAGCAGGACUCGGAGAACAGCAAACCGAUUUUCUACUGCCGCGAGGUUACGUCUGAAGCCCACAAAAGCAAUUGGGCCAGCAUGGCAGGUUGCUGCUUUCCUUUUUAAUUUCUUUUUACACCUUUCCGUUAUGUUUUUUAACUUUCUGUGCAGUGGACAGUUUAUUCCUUCUGCAGUUUCUUAACCACAUCACACGGCAUAUGAGCCAUAGAGACUUGCAGAAGCUGAAAAAUACAAUUUUAAGCGGAGGGGAAAACGGGGGGAAUGUGGCAAGUUGAUUUUGAACCUGCUUUCCUCCCAGUUCUGAGACGCACAUGAGUAGAAGCAGUUGCACUAGGGACAUAUUUCUUUGCUGUACAGAAUUGAAAGCUCAUUGCUGAAAUCAGGGAUUCUAUGAACUGUCAGGCUGGAAGGUGCAUGAGCUGCAGGCAGUGGAAAGAUGGCAAUUCUAAGAAGAAAUUGGCUCUUUUGAGAGCAGGAUUGUACAUAUCUGUGCAGUGAUCUCCCUGCAUUCGUUCAUAGGUGCUGAGGCAAUCUAAAGCAGUGCUGAUGCACUGAUCUCCAAGAUAUCAUUUCCAACAAACUCUGCCUCCUUUGUUUUUUAUGUACUGUUUCAUUUCUUAAAUUUUGCUUUCACUGGCUAAGCCAACCUGCUUUCUCAUGGGAAUCGUGUUAUUCAUCUGUGCUACAGAAUGAGAGGAGGGUGGUGGCUACUGGAGCUACAACCUCAUUGUAGGCCUUUCCCAUGCCCAGCUUUGGGCAGGCUGUUGACACCAGCAUUUCUAUUCCAGAUUAAAACAAAACCAACCAAAUUGAGUUUCUCAUGCCACAAGCUGGUUGCUGACCCAGCCAGUAAAGAAAAGGUGGCUUAAAUGCAUCAUAUCCAACAAUCCUUGCCUCAGGGCUGAUCAUAAUUCUCACCAACUUCCAUCACCCAGGAGCUGAGAUUCAUUCCUGUUAACUCAAUAUCCUCAGUCCCUCCCAACAACUCACUGCAGCUGGUGUGCAGAAUUUCCCAUCUCUCAGAGCAGACAGAAAACACCAAGACUUGAGCAAUGCCUGGUAUCAAGUGUACACCCCAGAGUCAGGGACCUUAAAGGCAACCUGUAAAGAACAAGUGUUUGUUUCCUCUUUUGCUUCUUUAGAAUGUGUAGUAAGAGCUGCUGCUCCUCUCUUCUGGAAGGUUGAUUUCUUUUUCCUUUUCUCCUCAGGCAGCAAUACACCCUUUCCCCAUCCUGUAUUUUUUAUUAAUAAGCUCUAGAAAGGACUGAAGAACAUUGUAGGGCAACCAAGCCACAUCACACAAACCAGAACUGUGCAGAGCUGAAGACAGUUCAGGUCUAUGAACCCAAAACAUGCCUUUUAAUCAGCACUUGUACAGUUCAGGAAAAAAAUAUCAGUGGGUAAUAUUGUUCUUUACAAAGAAAAGAUCGUGGUUCUAAGAAACCUUUUAUUCCUGUUUUCAUACUUAUCAAGAAAUUUUCAGUCAAAAUAGUAUCAAAUAUUUAAUGUUUUUAUAUGAACAAGCCACCUUCCUUUCCCUUGCUAUACCCACACACAUUCUAGCCUGCCUUAUAACCCUUUCACCUGCAGACUGCAAAGCACACUCCGUAGGCUGGAAACAGCCCUCCCUCUUUCCUACCACUGAAAAAUCUGAAGCACAUUCAAGACCUCCACCAUAUAAAUUAGUGCCAGAAACAGGAACAGCACCCAACUUACAUCUUGAAUUCUUGCCUAACUGCUCAGUUUCUCCUGCUAAAAACAGCAUAAAGAAGCAAAAAAGGAUUAUUAUAACUCUUUUACAGGUCACCUUUAGCACUACCUCUAAAUACAGUGACUGGGCAGAGUACAUGGUUUCUGAACUGGCUAAAGAAGGUCUGGCUGUAUAAAGUCUGGACUCAGCAGUUGUAUGAAGGGGACUUUAAGAGGAUUUGUUUGUUUUCUUUCUCAAGCUCUAGCCCAUGCAAAACUACUAAGUUAUGGAUUUGUUUCUUAAAUGGCCUAUUUGGCUGGAACAAAAUCUCUCUUGCUUCCUCUAUUUUGUUACUAACACAGGCUGCUUGUAAUCAUUAUAUCCUUCACAAUUUAAACAAUGAUAAUAAAAUCUGGCCUAUAGUGGAUGUUUCAUCUUUAGCAGGAAGGAGAGUUUUCCAAUGUUAGGACAGUCCUCAAUGUUAACAAACCAGGCUGGAUCUCUGGUAUAGAACAAAUGUAGGAAAACAACUGAUGUUUUCAGUAAAGGUAAGUCAAGGUAAUUCCUUAGAAAAGGGUGAAAUGUUUUCACAUAUGCUAUCCUCCAAUCCCACUGAGACUCUUCCAGUGAAUUUCUUCAAAGAACUAAGUUUUAAUUUCAUCUCCCUUGCCCCAGUUUCUUUUUUUUCCUGGCAGCAAGACUAAAAGUAGUAAAUGUAGUGACUUACCGAGCUUCCUUAAUGUGAAAAACCAGCAGGUCUUGCAAAUAAAACUUUGCAGAACCAAGAAUGCAAUUACCAUGGGACUGAGUCCCAGGCAGCUGGAAAACCUGCCCACCAGAUCCCUAAGCAGUCUCUGAAAAUGCAUCAUCCUGCUCUGAUUAGAGACCUGGUACAACAGCAGCGAGUCCAUUUGGGGAGUCUGGCUUUCCUAUGUAUUUGCAAGAGUUUGAAGAUCAAUCAGAUGAUGUGUACAAAUACCUAAUUUAUGGCAGGUCCACAAAAAGAAGGGUGGAAUAAAUUGCUGAAUUUACCAAAUUUAAGCCUCUCUGGAGUUAAAUUUCUGUUAUUGUUCUGAUAUCUACCAAGUAUUCUGUCUCCCUUUUCAGUGUUUGCCUUAAAGGGAGCAGAAGAUAGAAAGACUAUUAUUGAGAUUUUGUGAAUCUUGGAACUAAUAUUGCCUGGAACUACUAUUUCUCUGUAGGGUGAGGUGUCUUUUAGCAUAGUACAACUCCAACGUCAAGCUCAGUCCUGGAGUAGGUGGAAGCAACAGCAGUUGUUGCACUUGCCCAACAGGAUUUGAAGAUUCCUUGUAUAAAACACAGCAAGAGGAUGUUUUGAACAGGACCUUGACAUUCUAUACCUAACUCUAAUUCAACCUCAGUGUACUUGCCUUCAUUGGGUUUUCUUUGCAUAAGAAAAUAGCAUGUGCAUUCCUGAGAAAAUUGGUGGAAUUCUGCUAUAAAUCUCUCCAUCAUCAGUGUACCUGCUGGCCCCAUCUGAAACAAAAUUGAGACGGAGCUACAGUGGUAGAAGAAAAGCAAUUAAAACAAUUUCUCUGAAUCCUACUUUUUUUUCCAAUAGUUGGGUUGGUUUUAUUGCUGUAUGCAAGAAUCAGAUCCUUUUUCGUAUUUUCCUCUGUUUGGUUUUUAGCUUACUUACCCUUUUUUAGGUAAGGGAUAUUGCAUAUCCCUUCUGUGGAGUAUCAGCCAAAACUGGGGAGGCUGGAGAGAGCAAGAGCCUUUGGGAAACAAAUUAUGUGAUAUUUAAAAUUUCCUCUGGUCAUGCUUCUUUGUAAAUACCCCCAUUUGAAUGCUGUGUAUUUGUACAGGAAAUUGAGCAAAAAAUGUAUAGAUUGUGAUGUCUGACUGGUAUUCUGCCCUGUAAAUGUGUUUUUAACCUCUGGCAUUCUGUGCUUAUUUAAAAAAAAAAAAGGCAAAAACCUCUAACCACUUCUCUUUUGUGUAUUCAUGUUUAAAAUAAAAUGAAAACAGCUAUCUUAUCUAUAAUGGAAAUCAAAUUCAAAAGGAAAAAAUUAAUUUGUACAAGUGUCCUAAAGGUACUUCAUUGUAUAUAUUGUGAUAGCAUGUUUCCAGAACCAACAAAUAAGUGGUGUGAAUUUUAGAUGUAAAUAUCUGCCGUUUGUUUUGGGUUCCUUUCCCUUCCCCAUUCACUCGACUGCUGUGAUGUGGAAUUAAAGAUUAAUACCUGAUAUUAAAACAGUA